CUCCUUGGCCAAGUUCUACAUAAACUAUUUCAACGUAAGCCGUCAGAGUCUCCUGAGUCUUCUGUGUCCAGUGUCCAGUUUGUUGCUGAAUUCCAUCACAAAUUGGCGUCACGAACGAGAAUCUUAACGACAAAGACUGUAUGCUCUGGAUUUAUUUGUGCUUUGCCUUCUAAGGAAGUCUUGCUCAUGAUACGUGGACGAGUGUGGUCACAGAGCCUCUUUGGUUGAGGUUCUGUGAGCCUGAGGCUACCAACUUGGGUCAUGUGCUGUGCUUUGAGAGACUGACACUUCUGGUGAACAUGACCCCCCUGAAAAGUAAGAACUUUCUGAUUUUGGAAUGUGUGUAAGGUUGGCACUGGAUUUUGAGUACCCUGAAGUGGACUGUGUUGUAUGGAGGGCUUCUACGGAGUAGGCUGUAUCACCUGUCUUGUUCUGGACUAAAGGCCUCCUACAGCUUUGAAGGACUCAGUGACUGCCCGCAUUUCACUUCGCAUGACGUUGACACGCAGCUGUCCCGGCUCCCUGUAUUCACAUGUUUUUAAAGGAAGAGUUUUCUUCUGAAGAAAAACAAAACAAAACAAAACAAAAAAAAAAAAAAAAAAAAAAGGAUCCUUGAUAUGUCUGGUUUUCCGAGGUCAGUGGCCAUGGUUGUUAUACUACGUAAGGAAUCAGCCUUGUUGUACUGGCCAAUGACUGUGUUGUACAAGUCCCACAUUUUGUUAAAUAUUUUUGAAAAUAUUUGAAUAAUAGAACACAGAGUAGGGUCUAGACCUGCUCUGUUUUAAAAUGUCUGGAGAACAUUUGUUGUGAUUUGGCACUAUAUAAAUAAAGAUUGAGUGAUUGAGAGCAUUAGUCACCAAACAAACAACAGUAGCAGCGGGAAGAUCAGGAUAUGACGUGACCAUUUUGUCUAGCCUACAUGUAACAUUAAAGCGCUCACUUCUGCCUUUUAAUUCUACAGCACUCCUCCACAUAGAGUUUAUCAACGAUCAUGAUUUUAAUUUGUAUUUGAAACCAGCACAUCCCCCAGGCCAGAGCUCAUACAGACACAUUCUCCAAAUUCUGAUUUCAUUUUUAUACUGAUGGCUCAUCCUCAUGACCAUCUGAGAAAAUACAUCUGGCUGGCAAUGAUACAGUGAAUGACCGAGGAAGUGAUUGAGACCUGAGCUCUGCCUACUGGCACCUCAGCUCAAGCAAAGGAGUUGUAUGAUCUUAUCAGGCCUGUACUCAAAACAAGGACAAAGCAACCACAAUAUUUACAGAUUCAUGUUAUGCCUUUGGUGCUGCUCAUGAUUUCAUGUUGAACUUUGGGGACAGAGAGGAUUUCUCUCAUCCUCAGAUUAACCAAUUAAAAAUUAUUGUAUAAUCGCAAUUUUCUUCAUACUAUAUAUGUUACAAGCACAGCUUGCUAUUUUAAAUGUGAGGUUCACACCUCUGGAUCUGAUACUGUUUCACAUGGAAAUGCAAAACAACUGAUAUGCAGUUAGACAAGCCACAACUUCCUCCAGCUCCACAGUACAUUAAUGUAGGUCCAUGUAACUUUAAGAGGCCAUACCUGUGCCUUCUGUUAGUGAUAUUCCAGUACAGGAAACCAAGAUGUUACAGUUAGAGCAUCAUUUAUGAGUGUGUUAGGGUUGUCCAAGAAGUCUAGCUUGUAGACCUCCCUAAUGGUAUUUUAUCUGUCCUCAUCCCUCCUCCAUGUUCUGGUCAUUUUGUACACUGCCCUUCACAUGCAGGACAGGGGGAAUGAAUGAAUGAAUUAUAAAUAAGAUAAUUGCAGGUAAUUAAAUUGCAAUGACUUCCCAGGUCUCACACACAUUGGUAGACUGAUGCACACCAUGUCAGUGGGCCAGAGAGAGAGAAGAAAAAACAGCCCUAUCAAACAAGAUAAUUUAUCAUCACCCUCAGGGCUCUUUGUAGAGAUAAGAAAAAACUUUGGUACAUACAGUAUGUCAAUUUUCGAGUUUACAAAUAUAUGUUUAUGAUUUCUUACAAAAUGUUAGGUUGUGUCCAUUCGAAACACACUGAACUCAACAAUCAGACUAAGUCCUUAAAAUACUUUGAUGGGGGGACCAAUGUCCACAGGGACAAGUCAACCUUUGACACCCCAUAAAGUAACACUGUUAUGGACUGAUGUGUUUGGGUCUGAUUUUGUUCAACAUGUAACUGAACAACUAAAGUUUCAUUUGCAGGUAUCUGACCAGCUUCCGGAACCUUUUUCCUCCUUUUCUGUGUGGAGAUUAUGUACUAAUCAAGUCCUUGGACAAGGUCUCUGUUCUGAUUUUCCUUCCAGGUGGAAAGGUCCAUUCCAGGGGUUACUGGUCAACCAAACUGCUCUUAAGGUCGAGGGCAGGGCAGAAUGGGUGCACGCAUCCCGGUGCCAGUUGGCACCUCCAGAACAGGGGGCUCGAUCCUCUGGGGAGGGCUGACGUUCCUCCUCCUCCUCGUGGUGGUGAAUCCCGACCGAGGGUUCAAGCAGAGCGGGAGUGGCGAUCCUGACCUGGAGGUCAGGGAGAGAGGCGCAGAUUUGCCUCACAAAGAAUACGAAGGACCUCGUAUUCAGUUCCAGGAGCAUGAUGCUGACAGACAGCAGCCCCAUGCACAGUUUAAAGAGAGUGGUGCUGAAGGAAAGCAGCCCCACAAGUGUGUGUCUUUAAGAGAAAGAAAAGGUGUGAGCCACAGUGAGAAGGAAGCUGCAGUGGCUAUUCCUAAAUCCACAACUAACGUAAGACGCACCUUUCUGACACACAGUUUGAAGAUGAGAAAAAAAAGAAUGAAAAAACAUGACUAUGUGAAAGACGAAGGGAGAAAGCCUAACGAGAAUAACAAGGACAAGACCAGUGACUCUGUUUCUGUUCCACCUGUUUCUGUUCCACCUGUUUCUGUUCCACCUCUCUACAGAGCCAAACGAGAGGUGAACCCAGUCUUUGUCCGGUGUCCGUCCCGCAGGUGUGGACUGAAUGAUUGCCUACUUGCAUACCGUAAAAACGACGCAAAGGGGAGGCGAAGAUGGGGAAUUCUGGACCCGAAACAAACAUUUGUGAGGCCAGCCUCAUUUGACUACAUGAUUGUGAGUUAUACAUCUAUUCUUCCGUUGAAGGAGACCCCAGACCUGUGGUGUUUCACAGUGCAGCAGCUGAGCGAGGAUCCUGACUGCGCACAAUGGAGGGUAAAUUAUAGACUGUUUCCUAAACUGGGCACUGACUGUAUUGUUCAGGAGGAUGAAGAUGACUGGGCUGUCGUAGAGCAAGCACGUACAACAAUCUACUAUGAGGCUGUAAAGCCAGUUGGAGGGAACUCUUUCCGUCCGGAUGAAAGAAAUUCAGCUGCCUUCCUGAUGGUGGAUUAUGCACCAGAGCGUAAUCUGAGUAAAUGUUGGUUGUGUCAGAACAUGCCUAAAUCUAUGCAUUCUCCAAUGUUUACCCCUGUUCCUUUUUCCAAGGCAGAUUAUGUAAUGGUUGAUUGGAAUGGUCUAGGUUCUAGAAUGGAGGCAGGUACAGAUGAAUGUUACACACCUGCUUACCCCAAAGGGAAUCCUGAGUUCUCAAGGUACACUGAUCUGGCUCUAGAUACAGUCGCAGAGGUAAAUUCUAACUAUUUGCCUGUAGGUGUAAAUGAUGUAAACUUGUUGCGCAUAAAUUCGGUACAACCCUUCGUAAUGUUAGCUCUUCAAUAUAAAUUGCAUUUAACUUUGGUGCAGACUAACUGUACCAAGUCUGAGAGAGAUCUUGUAUGUGUCCCACAGCCUUACACUUAUUCAUUAUUGGUAGAGGCUUUGAUUGAAAUUCAGCCGUGGUUUGGCACACGGUCAUUUAAUAUGGUUAAAGUUUCAAUGCACAAUUGUUCUGUUAUGAUUUCUGAUGAGAAAACGCCUCCACGAGACUGUUCUGACUAUAUUCCACCCGUUUAUACUUAUGAGUUGCAGAAUGUUUCUCUAUGCUUUAGAGGGGUGGGUUACUCUAAUGAGCCAAAUUUGGGUGAGGGUUCUUGUACUUCAGUGGUAAAUGUUAGCCUUAAACAACAGCCUCUCCCAGAAAGGGUGUAUCUCAUAUGUGGUAACAAAGCUUAUAGGUGCAUGCCAUACGCUAGGCUGAGGGGAGUGUGAUAUUUAGCUUAUUUAGUCCCUAUGAUUCGAGAGGUGGACACACAGGAACUUGCAGUCCUGCAUUCCCCUCCCCUGAGACAGAGAAGAGAGCUCUCAGGGUUCCAAAAGGUUGCCAGUGUCUUUCUGCCAUCUUAUGGUGUUUAUGUGUCCCAACAAGAAAUCGUAGCUUUGUCUAAAGUCUUAGAGCAUCAUUUAAAUGUUUCAAGUAGGGCCCUUAUGGCUGAAGACAGGGAGCUGCAGGAGGUAAAGACUGUGGCUCUGGAAAAAUCGUGUGGCCCUGGACUUACUCCUGGCAGCCCAGGAAGGAACUUGUAAGGUGAUUGGCACUGAGUGUUGUUCCCAUAUAUCUGAUGCCACCACUGAUGUUAUGAAUAUGGUACAUGACACUGCCCAGGGGUUAAAAGAACUACAUGACAUUCAUGGUUUUGAUUUUGGUAAUUUUACAGGAUUAUUCAGCUCCUGGGGCGCUGGUGUAGUCAAAUUCUUAGCCACUAUUGUAAUCACUCUGCUAACAAUUCUGAUUUUAGGUUCUUGUCUGGUUGCAGCAGUCAAAGCAAUUUUUCUACGAGCUAUCAGCCCAAUCAGCCAGGCCCCACAGAUAGUAGUAGAUGAGGACAGUGUCUCUCUAGGAGUCAUAGAAAAAGCUUAUGAGGAAUGGGUUCCCCCAGGGUUCCCUGCUGAGGAGGAUGAUGAUUUGUCUCUGUUUGAAUAAAGGACUGAAUGUGAUAAACAGGGGGGAUCCCAUGGCCUAGAUAAAGGGUCAGAAUUCUGGAAGUAUGCUUUGCAUACAGGGUUGAAGAUAAUAAUCAAGGUAAUCAAUGAUGUUGAUUCUGUGUUAUGAUUUUCUGGAUUGAAAUGAUUUAUUUGAAAUGGUUUAAACUGAUAAUUAAAUAACAAUAAUUAAAGGGUUUUACAAUUUUGGUAAUGGGUUUGAAUUUAGAGUAUGUAUCCAGCACUCCAUGAAAAGUAUAGAAGAUUAAUAAGUGUUAUAGCAUCUUUCUGAUUUUAUUGAGAUAAAAAAUAAAUCAAAAUAAAAAAUAAAGAGAGAAUAAAAUAAAAAAUAAAGGUAAAUGAAUGAUAUAAUUGAGAAUAAUGAUCAGACAAUUUGAGAAUGAAUUGGUGUAUUUUUCAAUUACAGAUAGUUUGUGGUAAUUGGAUUAAAAUGAAGUUGGAAGUAAUCUAUAUGAAUUGACCUUAAACAUGGAGUGCUAAGUGUGAUUUUGACAUUAAUAUAAUGAUUUGGGUUUCAUGAUGGUUUCUUAGAGUUUUGACAUUAUAUGGUAAUGUUUUCAUUUAUACAAUGUGUGAUUUAAUUUCUGUUUCACCCCCGAGAUUAGGGAAAAUGUAUUGUGUAGACUAGAGUAGGGAACACACGAUGCUUUUCCCCCUCCUCUCAAAGAAAGAAAGACAAAACAAAGGGGAGGGUUUUGCGGAGUGUGGGGAGCUGUGAUCUGUGACCUCUGCCCGACAUUCCCGAACACUCCUCCGUUUCACGGGGCUGUGUGUUGUGAAUUGAGAUACUGAGGCCCUGUUGGUCUCGAGGCGGAACUCAUAGAACAUAUGCUGGGGAAAGUGUAUGGGGGACACUUCCCGACUUUUCAAAUGUUUUCAAUUUAUGAAAGGGAGUGCAGUUUGUUUUGAUUCAUCUUAUUUGUGAUUUUCUAAUGAUUUGAUGCUGAUGUUUGCUGUAAUGAAGCUGUGAUCCUUUUGUGUUUUAUUUUGUGAUGAAGAGUGCAGUUCUGCGGACUAUCCCAAGGCAUGGGUUUAAUGUGGUAGUGAGUGUUGAUCUCAUGAUCAAACAGGGGGGAUCUGUCGUGGAAUUUUCAUAGUCUUAUAUAUAUGUAUCUAAGAAUGUUUAACUAUUGUAUUCUUUCAGUCUAAAUGUCAUGUUUAGAGUAACUUGUUUCCUAU